GUAUUCUAGCUCCGUGCAUCUCUCUUUUCUGAUUCUCUUUUCUCUCUCAAAAAAAAGUUUUCCAUCGCUUUUAGGUCCAAGCACAACAGGAUCAAUAUUCAAUGGAUCUUUCCAACGCUGUCAUGGAUACCUUGCAGGAUCCUCUGAAACAUGCGGUGGCUCCCUUGCUGACGGCAUUUUAUAACCUCUUUUAUCUUUUGUACAAUUAUUUGGUACAACCAUGGAUGAGGAUAUGGCGCAGAAUCAAGCACAACAAGCCUGAAAAUCGGCUGCUUCACUCACUGCGACAUGCAGAUGAUUAUGAAUCCUGGCGUACCCAAGCUCAAGAACUUGAUAGUCUUUUACAAAAUGAUCUUUGGAAGUCGCAACCUGUGUCACGACUGUACGACUACAAGUUAAUUUCAUCGCGGCUUGAGCAUCUGCAGAACGCUCGUGCAUCCGACGACGUGGAAUGCGUCAUUUAUCUAUUGAGAGGCGGCUUGCUCCGAAAUUUUGGUGGCAUUUGUGAGAGGAAAUUGUUCUCUCAUUCAUACUAUGGAACCAAGAAUAUCGUGGAAGAGUAUAUGGACGAAGUUGUAAAGCUCAUUGAAUACAUUGAAAGCAAAAGAGGCUUUAAUCAGCAAGCGAAGUUGAAGUUUUUCAGUGACAGUCGGCAAGGUUUUGGCUGCUCAGCUCUGGUUCUUCAAGGCGGCUCCGCUUUUGCAUUGUACCAUUUGGGCGUGGUCAAAGCGUUGAAUGAACAAGGUUUAUUACCACGUAUUAUUAGUGGUACAGCGAUUGGCGCCAUGAUUGCUGCAUUGAUCUGCAUUCAUACAGACGAUGAAUUGCCGCAUGUCCUUCAACCGGAUGGGAUCAAUCUGACCGCAUUUUCCAAAAAGACAGAUCAAGGGCACAUCAGAAGACGUAUUACACGAUUUUUAAAGCAUGGUUACUUGAUGGAUAUGAAGGUGCUUCAAGAGUGCGUUCGAGCCAACGUGGGCGACUUGACCUUUGAGGAAGCGUACGCACGAUCCAACCGUGUUCUCAAUAUCAGUGUAUCCUCAAGCCGCACCCAAGAAGUCCCUCAAUUGCUGAACCAUUUAACAGCGCCCAAUGUUUUGAUAUGGAGUGCUGCAUGCUGUUCUACUGCUUCUGUGGGAUUAUUUGAAAGCUGCGAUUUGCUGGCCAAGGAUAAGAAUGGCAACGUUGUAAAAUGGAAUCCAUCAGCUGUCAAGUGGAAUCAAUGGUCGGAAGCGUCACCAACGGAAAGUGAGACACCACUUUACCGACUCUCGGAAUUAUUCAAUGUGAACCAUUUUAUCGUCUCGCAGGCCAGUCCAUAUAUUAUCCCUUUUAUUUCCAAGGCCGAUAACCUUCAGCAUGCCUCGCUGUGGAAUAAACUAGUGUAUGUCGCUGCUAGUGAAUUGAAACACCGACUAUACCAGUUGAAUCAGCUUCACUUGCUGCCCCGCGUUUUCCGGGGACUCAUUGAGCAAAAAAUGUCGGGCAAUGUCAAUAUUGUUCCCCAUUUAGCACUUUCGGAUUACAAUAUCUUGUUUUCCAAUCCAACACAUGCAUCGCUCGCUUACUGGAUUAUGCAUGGAGAACGAUCCACUUGGCCUUUGAUUUCCUUGAUCAAGGCAAGGUGCAUGAUUGAAUUGGCACUCGAUCGAGCGGUUCGUCGACUCAAAGCCAUGAACGUGGAAAAACAACCUAUUGUCAUUGAGCCCAGUGCUGUAGAGACCAAAAAGCGGGCCCGAUCCAUGCACUAAAUUCAUUCAAACCAUGACAAUAAUACAUAAAAUGUACUUCCUUUUUCUUAUUUU